AUAUUUUUGGGGGGAGAAGGUGGGAUUUGGGGGGCGCUGGUGGGCACCCCUGGAUCUGGCGGCUUGCGGCCUUGUAAGGGGAGGCUGAGUAGUGACAAGGAAAAAGGGGCUGUUUCGGGGGGCUAAGGACUGUGAGACCGCGAGGGGGAGGGGGUCCCCAGCGCCCAAGCAGGAGCCAGAGACACGGAGCCCGCGCGAGCGGCAGAGCAGGGAUCCGGAGCCACAGAUCUGGGCCCCGGCCGCCGCCAGGGGCCCCGCCCGGUGCCCCCACCCCACCCCACGUCCCUCCUGCAGCCCAGCUCCGCCCGCAGCCGCCGCGGACCAGGUAGGCCGGCACCGCCGCCAUGAUGUGCGAGGUGAUGCCCACCAUCAGCGAGGAUGGCCGGCGGGGCUCGGCGCUGGGCCCGGACGAGGCGGGCGGCGAGCUGGAGCGCCUCAUGGUCACGAUGCUCACGGAGCGCGAGCGGCUGCUGGAGACGCUGCGCGAGGCGCAGGACGGGCUCGCGACGGCGCAGCUGCGGCUGCGCGAGCUCGGCCACGAGAAGGACUCGCUGCAGCGCCAGCUCAGCAUCGCGCUGCCCCAGGAGUUUGCAGCUCUGACUAAGGAACUAAACUUAUGUCGAGAGCAGCUGCUGGAGCGGGAGGAAGAGAUUGCAGAGCUGAAGGCAGAGCGGAACAACACGCGGCUCCUCCUCGAACACCUAGAAUGUCUGGUGUCCAGGCACGAAAGGUCACUGCGCAUGACUGUGGUGAAGCGUCAAGCACAGUCCCCUGGCGGGGUCUCCUCCGAGGUGGAGGUGCUCAAGGCUUUGAAAUCCCUCUUCGAGCACCACAAGGCCCUGGAUGAGAAGGUCCGUGAGCGGCUGCGGAUGGCGUUGGAGCGGGUAGCUGUGCUAGAGGAAGAAUUGGAGCUGAGCAAUCAAGAGACUCUGAACCUUCGAGAGCAGAUGUCCAGAAGGCGCUCAGGGCUGGAGGAGGGCGGCAAGGAUGGAGACGGGCAGACCCUUGCUAAUGGCCUGGGGCCUGGCGGGGACUCGAACCGGCGCACUGCCGAACUGGAGGAGGCGCUGGAGCGGCAGCGAGCGGAGGUGUGCCAGCUGCGGGAACGCCUGGCGGUGUUGUGCCGCCAGAUGAGCCAGCUGGAGGAGGAGCUGGGCACCGCCCACCGUGAGCUGGGUAAGGCCGAGGAAGCGAACACCAAGCUGCAGCGGGACCUCAAGGAGGCCCUGGCACAGAGAGAGGACAUGGAGGAGCGAAUCACAACGUUAGAGAAGCGUUACCUGAGCGCCCAACGUGAAGCCACGUCUCUGCAUGACGCUAACGAUAAACUGGAGAAUGAACUCGCCAGCAAGGAGUCACUGUACCGGCAGAGCGAAGAGAAGAGCCGUCAGCUGGCUGAGUGGCUGGACGACGCCAAGCAGAAAUUGCAGCAGACGCUGCAGAAGGCAGAAACCUUGCCUGAAAUAGAGGCCCAGCUGGCCCAGCGCGUGGCCGCGCUCAACAAGGCUGAAGAACGUCAUGGAAACUUCGAGGAGCGGCUUCGACAACUGGAGGCCCAGUUGGAGGAGAAAAACCAGGAGCUGCAAAGGGCUCGGCAGCGGGAAAAGAUGAACGACGAUCACAACAAGCGGCUCUCAGAGACUGUGGACAAGCUGCUGAGCGAAUCCAACGAGCGCUUGCAGCUCCACCUCAAGGAGCGCAUGGGGGCGCUGGAGGAGAAGAACUCACUAAGCGAGGAGAUUGCCAACAUGAAGAAGCUUCAGGAUGAGCUCCUGCUUAACAAGGAGCAGCUCCUGGCCGAGAUGGAGAGGAUGCAGAUGGAGAUUGACCAGUUGAGGGGAAGGCCCCCAUCUUCCUACUCCAGGUCUCUCCCUGGCAGUGCCCUGGAGCUCCGUUAUUCCCAGGCCCCCACAUUGCCUUCUGGUGCCCACCUGGACCCCUAUGGGGCUGGCAGUGGUCGAGCAGGCAAGAGGGGCCGCUGGUCAGGGGUCAAGGAUGAACCUUCCAAGGAGUGGGAGCGGUCCGCCCCUGCCGGUUCCAUACCACCUCCAUUCCCUGGGGAACUGGAUGGCUCAGAUGAGGAGGAGGCAGAAGGGAUGUUUGGCGCUGAGCUUCUGUCCCCCAGUGGACAGGCCGAUGUGCAGACAUUGGCCAUCAUGCUUCAGGAGCAGCUGGAGGCCAUCAACAAAGAGAUCAAGCUGAUCCAAGAAGAGAAGGAGACAACAGAGCAGAGAGCAGAGGAGCUGGAGAGCCGGGUGUCUAGCUCUGGCCUGGACUCUCUAGGCCGAUACAGAAGCAGCUGUUCGCUACCACCUUCCCUCACGACCUCCACCCUCGCCAGUCCCUCCCCUCCCAGCUCGGGCCACUCAACACCCCGUCUGGCACCCCCUAGCCCUGCUCGUGAGGGCACUGACAAGGCUAAUCAUGUUCCCAAGGAGGAAGCUGGGGCUCCACGCGGAGAAGGACCAGCCAUUCCAGGAGACACCCCACCUCCCACCCCCCGUUCUGCCCGUCUUGAAAGAAUGACCCAGGCCUUGGCACUCCAGGCCGGGUCCCUGGAAGAUGGGGGACCCUCACGGGGAAGUGAGGGCACCCAGGAUUCUCUGCACAAAGCCCCCAAAAAGAAGAGCAUCAAGUCAUCCAUAGGUCGUCUCUUUGGUAAGAAAGAGAAGGGGCGCAUGGGACCACCAGGCCGGGACAGCUCUUCUCUGGCUGGAACCCCCUCAGAUGAAACACUGGCCACUGACCCUCUGGGCUUAGCCAAGCUGACAGGCCCAGGGGACAAGGACCGAAGGAACAAGAGGAAGCACGAACUCUUGGAAGAGGCCUGCCGCCAGGGCCUGCCCUUUGCUGCCUGGGAUGGGCCCACUGUAGUUUCCUGGCUUGAGCUGUGGGUGGGCAUGCCCGCGUGGUAUGUGGCCGCCUGUCGGGCCAACGUCAAGAGUGGUGCCAUCAUGGCCAACCUGUCGGACACCGAGAUCCAGAGGGAGAUUGGCAUCAGCAACCCACUGCACCGGCUCAAGCUGCGCCUGGCCAUCCAGGAGAUGGUCUCGCUGACCUCGCCCUCGGCCCCUGCCUCCUCCCGCACGUCCACAGGGAACGUGUGGAUGACGCACGAGGAGAUGGAGUCCCUCACGGCCACGACCAAGCCUGAGACCAAGGAGAUCAGCUGGGAGCAGAUCCUGGCAUAUGGCGACAUGAACCACGAGUGGGUGGGGAACGACUGGCUGCCCAGCCUAGGGCUUCCCCAGUACCGCAGCUACUUCAUGGAGUCGUUGGUGGAUGCCCGCAUGCUAGAUCAUCUUAACAAGAAGGAACUCCGGGGCCAACUCAAGAUGGUGGACAGCUUCCACAGGGUGAGCCUACACUAUGGGAUCAUGUGCCUAAAACGGCUCAACUAUGACCGGAAGGACCUGGAGCGGAGGCGGGAAGAAAGCCAGACCCAGAUCCGAGACGUGAUGGUGUGGUCCAAUGAGCGGGUCAUGGGUUGGGUGUCCGGCCUGGGCCUGAAGGAAUUCGCCACGAACCUCACGGAGAGCGGGGUGCAUGGGGCGCUGCUCGCCCUGGACGAGACCUUCGACUAUUCCGACCUGGCCUUGCUCCUGCAAAUCCCCACGCAAAACGCGCAGGCCAGGCAGCUCCUAGAGAAAGAAUUCAGCAACCUCAUCUCUUUGGGCACAGACAGGCGGCUGGACGAGGACAGCGCCAAGUCCUUCAGCCGCUCCCCUUCUUGGCGGAAGAUGUUCAGAGAGAAGGACCUCCGAGGCGUAACCCCUGAUUCAGCGGAGAUGUUGCCCCCCAACUUCCGUUCCGCCGCAGCCGGAGCCCUGGGCUCGCCAGGGCUCCCUCUCCGCAAGUUGCAACCCGAAGGCCAGACUUCUGGGAGUUCCCGGGCGGAUGGCGUCUCGGUCCGGACCUACUCCUGCUAGUGCAGGCCUCCAGGUGACCUCACUCGGAUGGAAGACGCUUCCCGGGGCUGGGCUUUCCCCUCCAGCCCAGGAUAUGGUCUCGCCUGGGACUGCGGGGCGGGGGAAGCUUGCUGCGGACUGGACCAUCUGUACAGACAAGCGGGGGGGGAUGCUCUUCCCCGCCUCACAAAUGGACUGGGCCUGGACCAAACCACACAAACUGGACUGAGGAGGGGGAAAGGAGGAGGGCAGAAAGAAGUCCCUCCCCGCGCGCAAUUCCGCCUCCAUGUUCUUGACUUUGUAAUUUAUUGAUCAGUUUUCCGAUGGGAGACGGCGCCCUUGCCCUGCUGGGGGUUGGGGAAGGGGGACGAGGCAUCCCUUCCAGGCCGCAUGCGGGGAGAGGCUACCCCUCCCCUUUGCCCUCCCCAGUUGCGGGGCCCAAGUCUUCCUUCUUCUUCCGAAAGGAGGGGAGGGGGGACUCGCUGCUACAAGCCUCGCCCCCUGUGCCAUUUGGCCCCGCCCCGCCGCUUCCUGUCACUGAGCCCCCCGGGUCAGCUACGGGCGGGGUCCCCUCUCCCUCCCCCCGUGUCUCGUGUCCCCGGGGUUCCCCCCCCCCGUCCCCCGUGCUGUGGCCGUGUCCGUGCCCCUGGGGAAGGGGAUGCAGUCUUGCGUUCCCCAUUUCCCUCUGGCUCCGGGGUUUGCAUGGGAGAAUCCUCUUUCCAAGAUGCCACUGGGCAACGUGGCGUGGGGAGACAGGGGAGGCUGAGGACGGCGGGGGAGCCCUCACCCCACCCCCCCGGCCCUCAGUCCUCCUCGUUGCCCCAGGCGUCACUCAGUGAUCACGGGUAAAGAGAACUGUUUAAAAAA